AUGACUAGUCUGCUUAACGACAAGACCACUUACAAACAAAUAAAAAAAGAUCCAAUCAAGUCGCUAACUUCUAAACUGAACUCCCUAGUAAAAACUUGGCGUGAUGAAGACAUCAUUGAGGAUUACACUUAUAAAAGACUAAACUGUACAAAUGGCAAUUUGCCCCGCUGUUAUGGACUGCCAAAGAUACACAAAACUGGUUUCCCACUGAGAAUUAUCGUCUCAUCGAUAGGAAGCCCCUUAUACAAUGUGGCACGUUUUCUGCACGAUAUUCUCGAGAAGUCAAUCGAAAAACCAAGAUCACACAUAAAGGAUAGUUGGUCCUUUUUUGUAUAUGCUAUCUCCUUAGUGCUAGAGUCAACUAGUUUCCAAUUCAAUGGACAAUUUUUUGAACAAAUCUUUGGCAGUUCAAUGGGAUCACCGCUCUCACCAAUUCUAGCCGACAUUGUCAUGGAGGAUCUUGAGACCCAUUGCCUGCAAAAAUUAGAAUUUGAAAUUCCGAUAUACUAUAGAUAUGUCGACGACAUCUUUGCAAUUGUUCCUGCAGAUAAAAUAGAUCACAUUUUGAAUAUUUUCAACAAUUACCACCCUAGACUGAAAUUUACUCAUGAGACGGAAAACAAUAAAUCAAUCUCCUUUUUGGACACUUUAGUAAUCAAACAUGACAACAGACUUAAAACUAAUUGGUAUAGAAAACCGACUUUUUCAGGCAGAUACGUUAACUAUCUAUCCAAUCAUCCUCAAAAAUACAAACUAAAUACCAUAAUUGGGUUAGUGGACAGAGCAAUUUUAUUAUCAGAUACCCAAUUUCAUGAUUCCAACAUAGAAAUUGUAAAAGAGAUUCUCAGGAACAAUUGCUUCCCGAAGGAGGUCGUUGACAGACACAUUAAAAAACGGUACAAAGAGUUAAAACAACACAACUUUCGGACAAAUACUGAUGACAAGCCUUCUAAACCAAAAUUCAAUACACGUAAUUGUAUACCACUUCCAUACAUUAAAGACAUAGGCCAUGGUAUUUUACGCAAUCUCAACAAAUGUGGUCUUAAGAUCCUCCACACUAUACCCAAUAAACUCAACCGAAUUAUAAAGAAAGGCAAAGACAUUUUGAGUACAAGCAAGAGAACUGAAGUUGUAUAUAGGAUUAACUGCAACAAUUGUGACGCGUCCUAUGUAGGACAAACCAAACGACAUCUUGAAACACGAGUAAAGGAACACUGUAAUGACAUAAAAAAGCAUGAGAGCAAUUUAUCGGUAGUAAGCAGACACCGUUUAGAUUGUGAUCAUGACUUUAAAUGGAAGGAACCCGAAAUUUUACACAAUGAAAAACACACGCGGAAACGUGAAAUCGCUGAGAUGUUUUUCAUAAAAAAAGCAGAAGAACGCCAUUAA